AUGGUUAAACAAUGCGACUCUUGUGGUUCAAGUGAAGUUGAUUACAGCCCAGAUGGUAUAGCAGUGUGUACACAAUGCGCUAAAGUGUUGACUGUCGUCAAUCUGGUCACACAGGAGGACUAUGGCAGCGGUGGUGGCGGUGGUGGUGCCUCUAGCAACCGUUCAUCACUACCAUCCAAGUAUCAAAAGAAGCGAUAUCUCACCUCGUCAUCCGGUUCCAAGAGAGCAGUCACUCAAGACAUAACUGCACACCAAAUGGAAAGUAUAUCAAAGACUUGUGACCUACUACAACUGAGCUCAGCAUUAAAGGUUGAGAUGGUUGGAUUCUACAACAAUGUGUUGCGCAAGAUGCCAAGUAUCAAGAUGCACCGAGCAGAUCUUGUCGCUGGAGCACUCGCCUACAUUGUAAUCAAACAUAACAAGCGACCUUUGAACCUAAUGGACAUAUCUGGCGUCAUUGGCCAGGAAUUCUAUGCAUUGGGAAGAUUGGCAACAAAGAUGACUAAAGUGGUUGGCGUUAGUCUAGAUCAGAGCGACCUGCCAACGUUCAUAGAUAGGAUACUCACACAGUACAAGACAGAGUUUAACACGGAGGAGAUGAAGCAACUAAGGAUGUUGAUGGCAGAGUUGAUCAACUUUGCAGACAAGGGACAGCUGGUCGAGGGCAGGUCACCCUCGGCCAUCGUCUGCGCCUGUGCCUAUCUGGCACUGCACGCCAAGACACUGGUCAAACCAGACAUUGAUCGUAUCUGCAAGAUACUGUCCACAACAACCAAGUCUGCUCAACAGAGAGUGCGCGAGUUCAAAUCAAUGAUCGUUUGCUACUGUGCAAAGUCGCCACUACUAAGCAAGAUGAACGUCACCGAACAGAACUAUCACAAGUACACCAGAAUCAUUGUGAAGGAUUACUUCAUGAAUGAGAAGCCCAACAAUCAGAUCCAGGACGAAGAUGACAAACUGUAUCUAAUGGGGGACGAGGAGGAGAAGGAGGAAGAGGGUGGCGAUGCCAUCGAAGACGAUGACACAGACGACAUGGAGGACAACUAUUAUGAAGGAGAGGACUAUGACGAGGAAAAGGAAUUGUUAUUGGAGAGAGAGGAACAAGCAACAGUUGACUCAACAUCAAGCCCCCUGUUGACAUACAGUGACGACGACCGAGGUCACAAGAGAAUCAAACUUCCACAACAAGAGCCAUCAAAAAAGCCAAGGCCAAACUCGUACAAGUACCGACAGUACCUCAAGCAUCACCAGAGAACUUCGCCCAACGGACAGGCCUGUCCGCCAGCCUUUAUAAAGGCAUCAUUCGAUCGCAUUCGACGAAAGAUCAAACUCAUCCAGGCGAAGCAGCGACUGCUAUCAAUCAGCGCGCCCGGAUGCGAACACAUCAAGGUCACCGAAGAGGACCUCAACUUCUGCAUUAUCAACGAACCAUACAAAGAUGACAGAAUCACCCUAAACGAGGAGCUUAACCUCGAGAAGCUACUCAUGUAUAAGAUCAGUGAGGAAACAAUUAUUGAUGGAAAUGUAGACUUGGAAACGGUGGAAGUGGAGAAGUUAUGUAAAUUACAUCCGGAUCUCAUGGACAAGGAGUUGAACGAGAGCGAUAUUCCAACUUCAAAUCUACAAAGAUUCAUUAGAACUCAAGAUGAGAUAGAGAGUCUGAAGCAAAUAGUCACCUAUGACGGUGACAAUUCAUGA